AUUUUCUAGGUUACUACGAUGUUCAACGUGGUGAAUAAACCGCCUACCAUCGAAUACAGGGUGGAUAGUUGAUGAGAUGGUUUUUCAUUUCUCGCCCCAAUGCAUAAGAAAAAGGUAGGAAGGAUUUCAUUUAUGAAAGAAGAAUACGAGAGUUAAAUAAGAAAUGAAAAGAACAUCAACAGAAGAAAAGGGGGCGUUGGCUUGGGCAGGAUGCAGGAAGGGAAACUCUACUUUUUUCAUAUCAAGUGAUACCCCGGAAUUGGAGAAAGGUAUCCGGAAUGGGAGCAACAAACCUGCUGGAGCUUCAGCUGAGAGACAUUCUUUUCUGCAAUAUGCAAUGCUUCAUUUCAGAGACAAUCCAAUCAGGGAGAAUCAUAGCGUUACUUAUGGCGGAUCCAUGAGAGGCACUGUCAAAAUUCUAGGCUAUCUGACGGGAAGACGAGCAAAGAAGUCACAUCUCAAUGAUUGGACAUGGAAAGAGCUCACGGAUAAAGUUAAAUACUCACCAUUUCCAAUUGUAACAUCACUAUUAAAGCUGGAAAAUGACUACUUAAAUAGAUUAGCAGUUGAUACAUUUACAGCUAUUAUGAGAUAUAUGGGAGAUUUACCAUUAGGCUUACUUCAGAAAGAAGUAGAAUGUGUAUAUACUAUACUAGUGAUUUGUCAUCAUCAUUCUCCAAUCAGAGAUGAAGUUUAUUGUCAAUUAAUGAAACAAACUACAAAUAAUAAAAGUUUAAAUCCAGAGAGUCAAAUUCGUGGUUGGAGACUUCUGGCAUUUAUUGCAGCAUUCUUCAAGUGUACAGACAGCUUAAUGCCUUAUUUAAUGAAAUAUUUUGAUACAGCAGCUAACGACACAAGAAGAGCAGAGCAAGCAACUGCUGAACUAUGCUUACAUAACUUGAGGCAGACCAUUAAAUGUGGGGGAAGACGCAAUGUUCCAACCGAUGCAGAAGUGGAUGGAAUCACUGAAGGAAAACUAAGUAAGCUACAAGCCUAUUAUUUACCAGGUGGGCUGCAGUUAUCGUUAUUGACAACAUCAUCAACUGUUGUAGACGACAUAAUAAAAUCAAUUUGUUCAGAAAUGGGAAUAGCAAAUGAAACAGAAUUCAGAGAAUUUUCACUCUAUUGCAUAGUUGAAGGAGAUCAAUAUACAAUGCCACUUGAGAAUGACGAGUACAUUUUAGACCUAGUAGCUGAACUUCAAAGAAACGAAAACACCUUUUAUUUAGUGUUUUGUCGAUCAGUGUGGAAUUUUGAGCUACGUUUAGACUCUGAACUUUAUAUAGAGAUUAUAUUUCAUCAAAUUGUACCUGACUACUUGGAAGGAUUUCUACUGGUCAUGACAUGCCAUUCUCUAUCAGAAAAAACAAUGGAGAUAUUGCUCAAAAUUGCCUUACUGUUGCACAGAUCGAAAGGAAAUGAGAAUGAACCAAGCAUGACAGAAAUAGAACAUCUACUGCCAAAGCCUGCUUUAAAUAUAUGCAUGCAAAAAGAAUAUUUGUGGAAAAGCACAAUUCCCAAUUUAUGGGAGAGUAUGAUUCCAUUGAAUAAAACUGAAGCAAAGGCUCAAUGCUUGGAAAUACUACAAAGAUGGUCCCUAUUUGGUUCUUGCUUUUUUGGAAUAAAGAUGUUGGAGGAAGAUAUAGAAGAGGAAUAUAUUCUUGCAAUAAAUAAAAUGGGAGUAAAUGUUUUGCACAUGGAGACACAUGAAACACAAUGGAGGUUUAAUUUUGCUGCAGUCUAUGCACCUUAUAACGUAGUAGAUUUGAAUGGCACAACCUAUGCAGAUGUUAUGUUUGGAGACAGGAAUAUAAAGAAAACUGUCCGUCUACAAGUUGAUCAUGCACAUGAGGUGACAAGGUUGAUUCAGCAGUAUCAACUAAUUCAAGAAAUGAAAGAAGAAAAAGAAAAUGAAGAGAUAAACUUCCCUGCAGUUAUGAUUAAAGUUUAAAUGAAAAACUUUUAAAAUUACAUGAAAA